UUUAGUUUGUUUUGUUUUGUUUUGUUUGAUUUGUUUGUUUGUUUGCCAGGAUAAAAUAGAAUUCUCCUUUUAGCACAAUUUUAUUGCUUCUUGAAAUUUAAUUUUUUUUUGGCCCUCCCAUCACCAAUUUCAAUCCAAUUCAUUCAUUUGGCCAUCUCAUAAGCCAUUUUCAAUGUAUUCAAAUAAUCAAAUCGACCAUUCUUAUCGACAAUAUUCAAAUGGACAACAACAACGACAAAACGUGAUCAUUUCUUUUGCAUCGUAUCAUCAUCAACAUCAUUAUUGUUGUUUAUUGUUUCCGACAGCCAUGGCUUUCAUUAAGACAAUGUUAGUUACCAUAGUUUUGGCCACAUUCAUUUUAAUGAAUUCAUUUAUGACCAUCGAAGCAUAUAGUAGUGGUGCACCAAAUAAUCAAAAAGUUUGUACAACAAUGAUACCGGGUCAUGGUAGCCGACAGAAUACACCGGCACCAUAUAAAUUAACCACGAAUAUAAUAAAUGAUCGUCGACAUUCACAGCAAAUAAUCUCCAUUGAACUUCAGGCAACAGCACAUGUUACAUUUGCCGGCUUUAUUGUACAAGCACUACGAAAUCAUCUUGGCGAUGAUGUUGAUAAUCAAAUAAUUGAUGAUGGAUAUUUCGAACGUUUGACAAACAACACAAUAACGAAAAGUUGUUUAUCACAUGUACAUAAUACAUGGACACAUUCAGAUGGUGAACCAAAAACCCGUGUAUUAGCAAGAUGGAUACCAUAUAGUCAAACAUUUAAUGGUAGCCUUUAUUUUCAAGCAACUGUUGUACAAGUAAAACAAGCUUAUUGGAAUGAAAUUCGUUCUGAACCAAUCUAUUUCUAUCGUGGCCACAGUACAGAUGAAUCAAUGUAUUCGAAAUUGAUCGAUAAUCAACCAAUUGAUCAGCCAAUGUCUGGCGCAAAAAUGCAAUCAUUCGAUAUUGAUUAUGAUCAAUGUUUGAACCGGUUAUGUAUUGGAUUGGCCAAUAAUGAUGAUGAUGAUAAUGGCAAUUGUAUUGGCAGUAAAUCCUGUCGUGCAUUAAUGUCAGUUUGGAAGAAUGAAAAUGGUGAAAAUAAUUUUAGCUUACAAGCUAAACCAUCAAAACAAUCAUCAUCGAUGGCCAAUUCAUAUUAUUCAAUGGCAUUGUCCGAUGAUAAUCGUAUGGGCAACGAUUUUGUUGUCGAUUGUCUAGUCAAUUCAAAUGGCCGUGUCAUGGUGGAUCUAAGUCAUAACAUUGGCAAAUCAAAUGAACCAUUAUCUAAGCGUGAAAGAAUGGAUAUUCUUCAAGAACAAACGGGACAAUUUAUCGAUGGUAUUGUUCAUUGUAAAUGGCGAUUAAAACGACAAUUCAGGAUUGGAAAUAAAGAUUAUGAUAUUUCAAAACGAUCAUAUCAUAUAUUUCUAGCGACCGGAUCAUAUGAUAAUGAUGGUGAACAAAAUCAUAAAGAAUAUCAUGAUUUGAAGCUACGAACAUCAGAACCAGUAAAUCUAUCGUCAAUCAUUGCCGGUAGUCUACAGGUCAAAGAUCUUACAGUAUUGAUUCGUGUACAUGGAUGUCUUAUGUUGAUUGCAUGGUUUGGCACGGUACCAAUUGCCAUUACAUUGGCACGUUAUUUUAAACAAGCCUGGCCUGGUCGUCUACUUUGUGGUGUACAAAUCUGGUUUGCGUUUCAUCGUAGUCUAAUGAUAUUUAGCAUCUGUUUGAUGAUUAUUGCACAGAUUUGCAUAUUUUAUUAUAUUGGCGAAUAUCGUGUGGGAUUACAUCAAAUUUUCGGUUCAAUUGCAUUCACAUUGGCCAUACUACAACCGAUUGGUGCCUUGUUUCGACCACAUCCCGGUACAUCAAAACGUUGGCUAUUCAAUUGGGCACAUUGGUUCGGCGGUACUGCCGGUCAAAUUACGGCUGCUGCUGCCAUUCUAUUGGCAAGUAAACUUAAACUUGCAAAUCUUUCCGAUUCAUUCCUGUACAUAGCUAUUGUUUGGAUACUUUGUCAUGUUGUUUUACAUUUAUUAUUUCAAUUUCAUUCAUUUUGUACAUCAUCAUCAUCAUCAUCAUCAUCGAUGGCUGCUUUGGCUACAUCAAAUGGUUUAAAAUCUCCGGAUAUUGCUAUGCAUGAAAUGCAUAAUCAUCAUAAUCAACGACAUAUUUAUGGUAAUAAUAAUCAUCGUCACAAUCAAUCAUCAUCAUCAUCAUCAUCAAUUCGUUACUUUUUAUUGGCAAUUUAUAUUCUAUUGAUUGGAUUUUUGGUCACUAUACUUGCAAUAUUCAUUGCAAUACCAUCGAUGAUUAAAAAUUUAAUUUAAUUUGAGAAAAAAAA